UGAUCACGCCUGUCAGUGCUCCUUGUGACUCGCUAGGGGUGCCCUCCUCUAACCUCUCCCUAUCCGCAGGGACUUCAUGGACCCCACGAUGGACAGCACCAAGCACAUCCUGAACUAUCUCAUGCCCAUCCUGCAGCGGGAGAGCCUCCGCCUCCAUGACUUCAUGCUGAGAGCGGAGGUGGGGACGAUCUUUGCCCUGAGCUGGCUCAUCACGUGGUACGGCCACGUCCUCACCAGCUUCCCCCACAUCCUGCGCCUCUACGAUUUCUUCCUGGCCUCGCACCCGCUCAUGCCUGUCUACUUCGCUGCCGUGAUUGUCCUGCACCGGGAGGCGGAUGUGUUGGCAUGUGACUGCGACAUGCCCAGCGUCCACCAGCUUCUGUCCCGAAUCCCCCAGAACCUUCCGUACGAGCGCCUCAUCUCCCGGGCCCUCCAGCUCUUCCAGUGUCACCCGCAUGCCGAGCUGGCAAAGCAGGCGGCUCUGCAGCAUCACAAGAGCAUCUCCAUAGGCUCCUUCUCCGCCUUCCAACUGGCCACCACCCAGCAGCGCCCGGACGCCGUGCUGCGCAGACAGCGGCAGCAGGACAGCGCCCACGCCGAGGCCGCUGCUCUCCUGCCCACGGCUGGGCACAGCCCACUGGUGAAAGCAGCCGUGUGGGGGAUUUCAGCCACGCUGGGGGCAGCGGCUCUGGCCGUCACACAGACUGCCCUGGAGUGGGCACCGGAGUUCUUACUGCAGCUCUUCUAGCGCCCAGCAAGCCAGGCAGGACCCUGCUGCCGGCGCCUGCACCGGGCCACAGAGCCACAGCCCUCGCGCCUCUUCCCACUUAAUUUAUUGGACUGUCUCAAAGGCCUGGGCAGCUGAGUUCAGACAACUGUGCCCAGCUCAGAGUGGCCAGUAGCCAAAGCACUAGCCACAGCGGCACAGAACUGAGACGGGCCUUUCCUGCUGCUGCCUGAGCCCCUCGUGGCCUGGAGGGGGCAGGGCUGCGGUUACACCCUGGGUGAGAGCCGGGGCUCGAACGCUGGGUCUCCCAUGGCUGGGGCAGGCCCCACCCCGGCUCUCAGGUGGAAGUGUAGAACGAUGACAGCGGGGCGCUUGCAGGGGAACAGAGCACUAAUCCCCAGCCCCCCCAAUGGCCCCUUUCCUAGCCUCUGCCCGUGGGGCUGUGCUGCUGCAGGCUGCUGGCCGUCCUGCUGCACAGGGGGUAGGUGUUUGCUAAGCACCAGCUGCCUGCGUGUUUGGGCGCAGGAAGAGCCUCCCGCCCCGGAGGGGCCAGGCAGCUCCUCCUCCAUUAGCAGGAUGGUGCGAGAGGCUGCAGGAAGCGCUGUCCCAGCAGAGCGGUGGGGGAGCGCUGCAGGCCGGGGCAGCUUGCCAGGAAUGCUGGAAGGCAGGGAUCACUGGAGUGAGGGUGCACAGGCAUGAGCAGAGCCUGGAAAGCAGUGAGGAAGGGCGCCCCACGCAGGGUGCUCCAGGGGAGAGAGGCCUCGCCUAGAUCACUGCUUCUCUCCUACUGCCUGCCUUGCACCCAGGGUCCUCCUGGCAUCUCCUCUGUGCCUGCUCUCGCCUCGGCCCUGCCAGCCGGCCCCUCAGCCAGGACGGAGGGACGCUGGGCCCAGAGUCUGGGACAGGCCCUUUUCGCAGGGCUUCAACUUUAUUUCUUCCACAUAAAGCCAGUGUAGCACAUCAGCCGUCCCUUCCCCCAGCGCGGGAAAGCAGCCAGUGGUGCCUGCCUCCCCCUGCCAGUCCCAAGAGGUGGCAGCAGCAAGUGGGGCUGGCUGGGCUCCCCCCACUGCAGGCAGGCAGGCUGCUGCCUGGGAAAGGCACAGCCCCGGCAAUCCUGGGUACGUGUGUGAAUAAAGUACGUGAGCCUGGUCCCCUGUGUCUUACAUUGGCAGGGGGGAGAGGAGUUGAGGGAAGCAGUUCCAAUGGUUAGAGCAGGGGAUGAGGGUGCAGGAGGGCUGGGUUCUGCACUCCCCUCAUGGCCUCUGCGGCUAGGCAGAGCCAGAGGUGCCGGCAUCGGUGGGUGCUUGAGUUAGGGGAGCUCAGUAUGAGGCCACCAGGGUCGAUUUCCUGGGGGCUGAGCAACACCCCCAGCCCCGGUGCAGUCAGGGGCAGGUGCCUAGCACCCCUGACAGGCCCGAGUUGCCUGCCUGCCCCCUGGAAGCUGCCCCUGGGCGGGCAAGGAAGAGCUGGGCUGGGGGAUGUUCGCCAAGUGGCUGGCUGGCAUGGAGUGGAUCCGUUCCUUGCUGGCUGAAGCUCACUGCUUCUCCCAUGCGUUCUGGGUGGAGCUGUGAAGCCAGGCUCUGCGUGGUG